AUGAAUCUAAACAGUGUGGGAUUUAAGAACGGUAGUAUAACCUUAGACGGCCCUCGGGGUAUUUAUUAUUCUGGUCAAGUGGUAUCAGGAAAAAUUGAGUUCGAAUUAAAUCAACCAUUGACAUUUUCAGCUAUUAACGUUGUUUACCAUGGAGGAGCAAGUGUGUUGUGGACUGAGCCUCAAACAGAAAUGUAUUCAGGUGUUAAAAGAUACACACAAGUGGAGUACAAGGCAUAUGAGGAAUACUUCAAUACUGUCCAAUGUGUAUGUGGUGGUGAUGGUACAUCCGUUCUGCAUCAAGGCUCCCAUUCGAUACCAUUCGAAUUCCAGAUACCCUUCACAGUGCCUUCAUCCUUCAGCAGUCCUUUAGGCAAUGUAACAUACAAAGUUAGCGCGUACUUAGAGGCACCACCAAUAAGAGAGGAACUGGAAAGAACUUUUGAAGUUGUUGCACCCCUAGAUCUGAAUAAGGAUGAGAGCGGGGAUGCACAGCAACCAAUUGAAAUGCAGUUCGAAGAAAUAUAUAGUUGUUGCUGUAGCACGCAGCCGAUCUCAAUCGGCGUCAAGCUUCCUGUAUCCGGCUACUGUCCUGGUCAACCUAUACCCAUCACGAUAGAUGCACAGAAUAACUCAAGUACAGAGAUAUCUAAGAUUAUUUUCCAACUAAUUAUGAAGGAAAGGUAUCAUAGCCGUAACCCAGUUUCGGAGUACACUCCCCCUGAGAAACUUCUCGCCACAAUGAAGAAAGGCCCAAUCAUGAGUAAUACGAAGCGGGUCUACACGUUCGAAAUGCCGGUGCCGGAGAUGAUAGCACCCCAUCUGGACAAUUGUGGAAUAAUCGACUUGGGCUUUUUCUUUAAGGUAAUAAUAAAACUAUCGGGCUGUAACGACGACAUGGAAGACGAAAGUGAAAUAUACAUUGGACUCAUACCCUUGGAAAUAACAACUAGAGGAAACAGAUAUGUGCACCCAUUGAGCCACAGCCUACCCGAUGACCCCAUACCGGACCCCAAUUCCGCCCCCAACUUUACAAGUCUACCCCCAUACAUGUCCGGGGGCAUGGGAACCGAACACAAGUCAAGUGCUACAAAUUUGCUCAACGCAAGCAAUAGUACUCCUUAUGGUAGUAAGAGCAAUAUGAGUACGUCCACCGUGCACUCUAUAAAUGCUAGGACAAGCCCCCAUUCGCCAUAUCUAAUGCCGUCAGCCCCUUACCUUGUUCAAGAGAAACCUAAGUCUUAUGAAAUAGGGUUUAAAAUAUAG